AUGACAUUUGAAAAAUUAUUAUCAUUUUUGACUACCUCUUUUUUUCUUGUAAUUGUCCUCUUCCCUUUGAUAUCAUCUUCUCAUCCAAAUAUUCAUCAUUCUAACGGAUUGGCGUUUCUGAAGAACCUCAAUGGAUGCAGGAAAGGUGACAAAGUAGCAGGAAUUCACCAAAUAAAGGAAUAUCUUCAACAUUUUGGUUAUCUGAAUAACUAUCUUCAAAACUAUUCUAAAUCUUUUGAUGAUGACGAGUUUGACGGUGUUUUAGAGUCCGCCAUUAAAACUUAUCAACUCAACUACAAUCUCAAGGCCACUGGUACUCUCGAUGCCAAGACGCUAGAUCUUAUGUCGAAACCUCGAUGUGGGGUUGCAGAUAUUAUUGACGGAAAGACGAGGAUGAAAUCGGGGAAGAAAAUGGUGAAUCAACAUAGAAAAAUAAAUGGUCAUUUUCAUACUGUUUCUCACUAUGCUUUCUUUGAUGGAAACCCUAAAUGGCCUGCUUCUAAAUCCCAUCUGACUUAUGGAUUCCUCCCGGGAACCCCAUCGAAGGCAGUAGCUCCGGUGGGUCGAGCAUUUAAGACAUGGGGUGCACACACUCACUUCAACUUCUCCCGAGCAUCUAAAUACAAAAAAGCUGACAUCAAAAUAAGCUUUAGAAGUGGCGACCAUGGAGAUGGCCAUUCCUUCGAUGGCGUUGGAGGAGUUAUAGCUCAUGGUUUUGCACCCACAGAUGGGAGAUUACAUUUCGACGCAAUCGAGUCAUGGGCCGUCGGCGCUGUUGCUGAUUCGUUUGACUUGGAGACCGUAGCGUUACACGAGAUCGGACACCUUCUCGGCCUCCAUCACAGCUCCGUCGAAGGGGCUAUUAUGUGGCCAAGCAUCAUGGAAGGAACUACCAAGGGUUUGGAUGCCGAUGACAUUGCAGGCAUUAAUGCAUUAUACAAUGCUAAUUGA